AUGAAGGUCAAGAACGGAGCAGUAAUAACUUCAACUAUGGAGCCUAUCAUUCCCUGGAAGCUGAGGAAGAUCAAGAACUCUAGGGUUGAGAGACCUCUAUCUACUCUUCAGGGGACAUGUUUGCUUACCUCUCAGGUGCUCUGCUGUCCUGAGGCCUGGCCGUGCCCGUGCACGAGGAGAACCCCUGAAGUUCGCCUGGAGGAAGAAGCAUGCAGGGCUUCCCCAGAGGAAGUGUGGGCCGAGGGCUGUCCCCUGUGGACAGGCAGACGCUCCUGGUCUGCAGCUUUGUCCUGGCAGCAGCUUUGGGCCAAAUGAAUUUCACAGGUGACCAGGUUCUUCGAGUCCUGGCUAAAAAUGAGAAGCAACUUUCACUUCUUAGAGAUCUGGAGGGCCUGAAGCCUCAGAAGGUGGACUUCUGGCGUGGCCCAGCCAGGCCCAGCCUUCCUGUGGAUAUGAGGGUUCCUUUCUCUGAACUGAAGGACAUCAAAGCUUACCUGGAGUCUCAUGGCCUUGCUUACAGCAUCAUGAUAAAGGACAUCCAGGUGCUGCUGGACGAGGAGAGAGAAGCCAUGGUGAAAUCCCGCUGGCUGGAGCGCAGCACCAGUGGCUUCAGUUACUCCUCGUAUCACACCCUGGAGGAGAUAUAUACCUGGAUCGACAACUUUGUAACUGAUCAUUCAGAUACUCUCUCAAAAAUUCAGAUUGGCCACAGCUUUGAAAAUCGGUCCAUUCUUGUUCUGAAGUUCAGCACUGGAGGUUCGCAGCGCCCAGCCAUCUGGAUCGACACUGGAAUCCACUCCCGGGAGUGGAUCACCCAUGCCACCGGCAUCUGGACUGCUAGGGAGAUUGUCAAUGAAUAUGGCAAAGACCGCAUCGUGACAGACGUACUGAAUGCCGUGGACAUCUUUAUGGAGAUUGUCUCCAACCCUGACGGGUUUGCUUAUAGCCACAGCAUGAACCGCUUGUGGCGGAAGAACAAGUGCAGCAGACCCGGAAUCUUCUGCAUUGGUGUGGAUCUUAACAGGACCUGGAAGUCAGGCUUUGGAGGAAAUGGUUCUAACAACAACCCCUGCUCAGAGACUUAUCAUGGGCCCUCCCCUCAGUCAGAGCCAGAAGUGGCUGCCAUUGUGGACUUCAUCACGUCCCACGGGAACAUCAAUGCUCUGAUCUCCAUCCACAGCUACUCUCAGAUGCUCAUGUACCCCUACGGCCACUCUCUGCCUGUUUCAAACCAGGAAGAGUUGUACAGUCUUGCCAAGGAUGCAGUGCAGGCCCUGUAUGAGGUUCAUGGGAUCGAGUACAUUUAUGGCAGCAUCAGCACCACCCUCUAUGUGGCCAGUGGGAUCACUGUCGACUGGGCCUAUGACAGUGGCAUCAAGUACUCCUUCACCUUCGAGCUCCGUGACACGGGGCACUAUGGCUUCCUGCUGCCAGCCACACAGAUUAUCCCCACAGCCCAGGAGACGUGGAUGGCCAUUCGGACCAUCAUGGAGCACACGCUUAAUCACCCCUACUGACAAUACUGCUGAGGGCAGAGCCAGAGGGUUUGUCUUCUUUCCCAAGGCCUGGGCUUCUCCUGAAACCCAAGUUAUGGAUCCCUUCCCCACCCCUGCCCUGACUCCUUAGGAAAUAAAAAAAAGUUUG